AAAAGGAACGCUACUGGUAUCUUGUGGGUUCGCUGCUUUCACUAUAUGGGCUGUUCAUUACACGCAGAAUAAGGAGCGCGAGGACAUGUACAAAGGCGUGCUCCGGGAUGACGAGCGGAGACGCGACAAGAUGCGACAACGGGAGGAGGAAUUCCGGAUCUCUCAAGAAAAGCGAGCAUUGUAUGAGCGUGGACAGAGAGUUGUCUCCGACGAAUCCGGUAUUUCAUGACAGUGCAGAGUAUGGGCUUUGGGACAUACCGGCGCCCAAGCUUUUCCGAUUCUCGCUUCCUCAAGAGGCCGAAGCUGGGGUCAGGCUUUGGUUACCACAUAUUCCCGCAUAGAGAAUUCAAUAAAGAUACACGAGAGGGCCCAGACGCUCGUGAGUUUGCACCUAUAUUUUGAAGUAAAUGCGUCAAAGCGACGCAGCGCAAGCAGAUUUAUACAAUAUUCAGUCGACAAGAGCUACAACUAGAGCCAGCUUGCAAGAUUCCGAGAAACCAGGAAGUAAGAGCAGAAAAACCCCUAUCGGCCCUGGUGCGCAUGUCGGACAUUGCCGAUGAUCUGCCGUACUGCCCGUAUUGCUCGGUAGCCGUCCAAUUUUUUUGCAACGCACCGCCAUCUUAUCGACAGGUCGAACGGCCUCGUAUUAGCUUACCACGACAGCUAAAUGCACAAGGCCCUGCUCAUCGACGAGCUGAUCCAGCUACUGUUCGACAUCUGUCUUGAGGACUCCAAGGGCACGCUCUGUUAUCUAGCAAGAUGUUGCAAAGCCUGGAAGGACCCUGCCCUCGAUCGCAUUUGGAGAAGGCUACCCUCUGCUGCCCCGUUGUUGGCACUUGUGCAGGACUCUGAGAACGCGGAGCCCACUACCCCAGUGUUUACAUCCUAUGCCAACCGCGUCAGACAUGUAACCCACCAGCAGGCGUCAUCCUGCGACGUCCCCUCGUUUUCCUGCAACGUCUCCGACUACGAACAAACCUUAAAGACAUAUUUAUCGAAGUUGGCCAGUGUCCGUGUCGAUUAUUCGAGUACCGGAACCUUGCACUCUCAUCUCAUGAUAUCGCCACGCCUUCAAAGGAUGGAGCUUGACCUCGGCUUCCGUAGAUCCACACGGACAUCUUCCAACGCCCUUCACGCCAGCUUUCUGUUGAAGGAGGCUGCUGCGAUUGCCUCCCUUGAACGCCUAUCUGUCCGUGGGAUUACGUGUCCUGCGGCCCUUGAUAACAUCUCUUCCGUGAAGACCCUGCGCGCCCUCUGUCUCCAUGUCUCCUGCCCCUCCAUGACAACGGCCCUCAUCUCCAUCGGGACCCUCCCUGCCCUCACCGAGCUCAAUAUCCAUACAGGCCACGUUUCAGCAGACGCAUUCACGCAGGCGUUCGAAGACAAGCGCCUCAACCGUUCCUCUUUCUUCCCCUCGCUCACGACACUCAAAAUCCGGGCAUCUCCCCAAGUGUUGGAGGCACUCGCCUCCCUGUUGGCACAGCACACACUCAAGGACCUCUCCAUAGAAGCCGAGCAGCCCGUCGGCCCCCCUUCUUCUUGGCUUUCUGCCUUUCAAGCUAUAUCCAGCAAUCUCUCCGAUACCCUAGACGCAUUGACCAUAGAGCAUUCCAUAGACUCCAUAGAAUUAGAACAGGCCGACGAUACCCUCCCUCCCGCAAAGUCCUGCCACUUCACCCUAGAAAACCUACGCCCACUAUCUAAUCUUCCUCUCCGCCGCUUCGUUCUUGAUAGCCUCCUUCCUCCUGACAUGACCGACUCCGACAUCGUGGAACUGGCUAAGUGGUGGCCCCGCCUCGAGCAUCUCGAACUUGGUCAUCCCGAUGCUCUCAACUCCGUUGAUGAGCAAUGGCAUAUCAAAGCGACCCCUUCCUCCCUAGUGUCUCUCGCUAGCGGAUGCCGGAACCUUGAACGCCUCGUGCUAAGCAUCGAUGCUUCACAUGACGUUUCUCGCUCGACUUCUCUGCGAAACCAUCCUCUUUCUCAUCUUACCAUUGGCUCUCGGUUACCUCCGCACCAGUCUGUUGAGGAGUUUGUGCGAUUGUCUUUUCCUUCCUUGACGGAAUUUCACCCGGGACUAGAGGACUUACAUGCAGAUUGCUGGCGCAACGUCUGUAGCUCAGUAGUGACAAACUACGAUAACUAGCGACUAUCAUCCACUUAAUACCAGGCUCUAUCCAUGGAUACAAAAUGAAUUC